AUGACUAUGGUGCUUGUGUCCUUGACGCAAGCUUUCACUCCCAAAGUCUCCUUUUCUCAAGGUGGCCACCGUGAGAACGCUAUAGCCUACUUUGAUGAUACACCCAAUAUCUUGAUCCUUCAGGAAGGUAAAUUGAAGUUCUCACAAGAUGACGGGGUUACCUUUGAAGAAGUAAAGGCGUUCAAUGAUGCGGUCGUGCUUGAUUUCCGGAUGGAUGAGUUUGAUAAGAAGAGAGCUUAUGUGUUCACCAAAUCAGAAAGCCAAUAUGUUACCUUUGAUCAAGGGAAAUCUUGGAAAGCUUUCAAAAUCCCCCAUAUGGAUAACAUACAUGCCUAUCCCUCUAUUAUUAGUAAUGCCGUUAAGCCAGAGUACGUCCUCUUUGAAACAACUGUUUGCAAGGGACGUGGUGGCAGGCAUUGUCUGCAUCAUUUCUUUGCUACUACAGAUGCAUUUAAGAGUGAUCCUCAAAUGCUCCCCUUAGAAGAUGCCACUUUCUGUCGGUUUACCAGAGGUAACAAAGAAUCGACCAUUGGUAAGGAAUCUUCCAUCGUAUGUUCGGUCGAUAAGAAGAAUUCCUUUGAUCAUGUGAUGGAAUCUGAAAUCCACUGGUCUGAUGAUUUCUUCAAAACUUCCAAAAUAGUCUCUGAUAGUUUAAAGAGUGCUAAAAACACCCAAGUUAAACCAAUCAUUGAUUUACGGGUGGAAGAACAAUUUAUUGCUGUUCUUGUUCAAAAUGACAGAUUCAAUGCUAAAUCUUCAGUCACAUUGUAUGUUUCUGUUGAUGGUAUAAACUAUAAAGAAACCAACUUAAGUGUCAAUGUUGUUUCUGGAGUUAUAAUGUUUCAAAAAUCCUCUAAACUGUCAAUCUUCCUCACUGUUGCAAACUACGCUACAAGACCCGCAGUAGGUUAUGGUUUGGUUACUGCUACAUUGUAUGCUUCUGAUUCUACGGGGUUGAAGUUCCGUAAAGUUUUGGAUGAUGUGGAAAUGAACUCAUUGGCAAGAGUAGAAAAUAUCGAAGGUGUUUGGUUUGCUAAUAUUGUCAAUAAAGAUUCCUUAGCAGAUGGUGAGGAAUUAAUGCACAGUGUGAUUUCAUUUGAUGAUGGGUACCAUUGGGACCCUUUAAAAAUCAAUGAUGAAUCUUGUAUGAGAUCUAAAGAUUGUUCAUUACAUUUAUCCGCAAUUCAGCAAUAUUCUGGUGAAGGGACUUUUGUUACUGGGCCUGCUCCGGGUAUAAUUAUGGGUGUUGGGAAUAUUGGUAAAGGCUUAGUAUCUGUACUUUCAGGCGAACAGCAAACUUAUAUUUCCAGAGAUGGUGGUGUUUCAUGGACCAAAGCUAUUGAUACCAUGUGUAUUUUCUCCUUUGGUGAUCAAGGGAAUAUUAUUGUUGCUGUUCCAUAUUAUCAAAAGAAUAUGGCACCUACCAAUAUGUUUUAUUAUUCAUUGGACCAGGGGAAAGCCUUCCAUUCUGCUACUUUUGAAAACCCAUCGUAUCCAAUUUCUUUGAUUACUACCAUUGAUGGGACAUCGACCAAGUUUUUUAUGACAGGACUUUUAGGAGUAGGGGAUGGACUUCUGCUUGGGUUCUAUAGUAUGGAUUUCAAUGAAGCAUUUGAUGGGAAAAAAUGUGGAGAUGACGAUAUGGAAGAAGUUUAUGUGAGAAAUGUCUUACCUGAUGGGAAACCAUUGUGUAUCUAUGGACGUGUUGAAAAGUUCAGUAGAAGAAAGCAAGACGCUCAAUGUUUGGUUAAGAAACUUUAUGAAGAUGUUAAAAUCAAUGAAGAAGCAUGUGAAUGUACAGGACAAGACUUUGAAUGUACCGAAAUGUUUAAACUUGGUGAGGAUGGGAAUUGUAUUCCUGAUCCAGCAAGAAUUCAAGAAUAUUGCUUACUGACCGGUGCAAAAGAUUUCACCUCCGAUAAUAUGAGAUUGAUAACUGGAGAUUCUUGUAAGAACUCGGAAACAAUUGCCAAAAAAUUGGUUACCAAUGAAAAAUUUGUUUGUUCUGAUUAUAAAAAUGGCAAGAAUGGUGGUGAUAACAAUAAUGGAGGUUCCAACUCUCCAAUUCAAACAGUACUAACAAAGUUACAAGGAAAAAUGCUUCAAUAUUUUUAUCUUGAACAAGCAGACGGGAUUAAUACCGAUAACGUAAUAGCAAGAACAGAUGAUAAUGUGUGUCAUAUUUCUCAUGAUGGUGGUACUACAUUUAAACGUCUUAACACUGGAGAAGAAGUUAUGGCCAUAUAUAUUGGUUAUGUUCCAGGACAGGUUAUCUUGGUUACACCCAAGCCAGUUAUUUACGUCUCCUUCGAUGCUGGGAAUUCAUUUGUUGAAAAGCAAGUACCAACGAAACCUGCAAGUGUUAUCAAAACACUUAGUUUUCAUAACACAAAUUCCACUACUUUCAUUUGGUAUGGUAGUGAAAAUUGUAAUGUUCUUGGUCAAAACUGUGAUUACACUGCUUAUUUAACUCAAGAUGGAGGUGAAACAUUUAUUGAGAUGGCCAAAGACGUUUUUGAUUGUGAGUUUGUUGGAUCUCAUUUUGAAUCCCCCGCUAAUCCUGAUAUGAUGUAUUGUACUGGGAUUAAUAAGUCAACCAAUAAAAAGGCACUUGUUUCCAGUGUUGAUUAUUUUGAACAUGGUGAAACCGUUUAUGACUAUAUCACUGGAUUUGGUGUAACGGGUAAUUACGUGGUAGUUGCACUUGUUGAACAGGAUAGGCACUCUUUAAAGGCCAAAGUUACAGUGGAUGGUUCAACGUUUGCUGAUGCUGAUUUCCCUCGGCAUCAGCAAGCCAACAUGCAAAUGGGGUAUACAAUUUUGGAUUCUGUUACUAAAUCCAUUUUUUUACAUGUGACUACUUAUAAUGAAGUCGGGAGUAUUUUAAAAUCAAAUUCCAAUGGUACCCUGUAUGUUAUGGUCUUGGAUAAUGUUAAUCGGAAUAGUAUUGGGUAUGUUGAUUAUGAACGAGUUGAAAGUUUGGAAGGGGUUUUAUUUGCUAAUAUUGUUGAAUCACGGAGUGGUGAAAGUAAGAACUUACAAACCUUAAUUUCCCAUAAUGAUGGUGCAGAAUGGUCACUUUUACCUCCUCCUUCUGUUGACUCUGAAGGUAAAAAGUACAGCUGUAUUGGCAAACCACUUCGUGAAUGUGCUUUACAUUUGCAUGGAUACACCGAAAGAGCUGAUUUUAGAGAUACUUUUGGAUCUUCAUCAGCCGUUGGGGUUUUUAUAGGAAUUGGGAAUGUGGGACCAAAAUUAGAAGGUAAAGAUCAAGCCAAUACUUAUAUUUCAACCGAUGCCGGACUUACUUGGAAGGAAAUUAAAAGGGGAGAAUAUAUGUGGGAAUAUGGUGAUAGAGGUACAAUUUUAGUAUUGGUGAAUGGUCAUGAAGAAACAAAUGUACUUCAUUACUCAUUGGAUGAAGGUAAUACAUGGAAUGAUUAUCAAUUCACCGAAGAUAAAGUUGAAAUACUUGAUUUGGCAACUGUUCCUUCAGAUUCAUCUCGUAAGUUUUUGAUAUUUGCUCGUCACGGUGAAGGUAAAUCCACCUUGGCAUAUUCCAUUGAUUUCAGUGGUAUUCACACUCGUCAAUGUACUCUUGAUUUGGAUAACCCAUAUAAUGAUGAUUUUGAUUUCUGGACUCCUGUUCAUCCUGAAUCCAGCGACAAUUGUUUAUUUGGUCAUGAAGCUAAAUACUUGCGUCGUGCUGUUGGACAUAAUGAUUGUUUUAUUGGUAGUGCACCAUUGAAGGAGGGUUUUAAAGUGGUCAGAAACUGUUCUUGUACCCGUCGUGACUUUGAAUGUGAUUUCAAUUAUUACAGAGACAUUGACAACACCUGUAAGUUGGUCCAGGGGUUAACUCCAGCUGACCGUAAGAAGGAAAUGUGUGAGAAGGACAAUGCCUUUGAGUAUUUCAAACCUACAGGAUACAGAAAAAUCCCACUCUCUACUUGCGUUGGGGGUAAGAACUAUGCCAGUUGGGACGUUGAAGCAUGUCCUGGGAAGGAGAAGGAAUUUAAUCAACAUCAUGGUAGAGAAAUCACUGGUGGUAAGAUUGGAUUUUUGAUUUUAGUUCCCUUACUGGUAUUCCUCUUUGCUGUGUGGUUUGUAUAUGAUAAGGGUAUCCGUCGAAAUGGAGGGUUCAAGCAAUUGGGUCAAAUUCGAUUGGAUGACGAUGCAGGAGAAGAUGGAUUCCACCCCAUUGAAGAAAAUAAUGUUGAUGUGGUUGUUAACUCUGUUGUUAGAGGUGGGGUUUAUGGUUUAGCCGUUGUCAUUGCGGGUGUCAAGACUAUUGUUAAGGCGCGCCAAGUAAUACUUGGGAGAAUCACCAAGAGACUAUUCCGUCGGAACGUCGGAAGGAGAGAUUACGUUCACGUGCCGAAUAUUGAAGAAGAAGACGAUUUAUUUGGUGAUUUCAAUGAAGAUUUUGAAGGUGGUGAAUUUGACCAAGAUGCUGUUGAAGAUGCUGACAUUUUUGUUGAAGAAGCAACUCCAUCUCAACCAGACAGUGGACUUUUCAACAUAGAAGAUGAAGAGGAUAAUAAGCCAUAG